AUGGCAUUGGCUCAGUCAUGUCGUCACUUUGCUGCGACGACGUACCGACAGUCCAAAAUUACAGAUCGCUUCCAGCUGUUAAUAACUAAAAAGGAAAUUGAAUGUGACUACGUUGCGGUGGACGCCACUGCCCUCGUCGCAACGGGGUUACGUCUCGCAAAGAACGUUACAACUGAGCAGCGUCGCCAUAAGGAAGUGGCGCGUCAUGUAGUACAGUCAAUACAACAGUUGUUGAAGAAGGUGCGUUGCAAGAAGUCUCUUCUUAUAGCAAUGGACGGAGCUGAGAAUCUGCUCAAGGCGGAUCGUACACGGGGUAGCAGUUUAACCCGAAAGGUGGAAAGUCGUCUGAUGAGACUACCGGGAACUCCACUUAUGCAGGCAGUGGAGGAACGUAUCGUUCGUAUGAUGCCAGAGCGGCAGAUAUUACCCGGUGAAGUGGUGUUUGCCGGCACCUGUGUUCAAGGGUGUGUCGAGCAGAAGAUGUCCGCUUGGGCACUUGAUCUGGCGUCCCGAGACACCUUUAACGGCAGCAGCGACUCACUGAAUUUGAUUGGGGCCUCUGAGUUGUACCUUAAUGUGUUGGCGCUGUCGCCCUUCUAUAACGUAUCGAGUGUGGUGCAAAAUAACGCAGAUUUGCGACAUAUACGACUGCAGGAUAUUUUGGAGUGGCUAGAGCUAGAUAAGAAGGCGAAGGAAGGGGAGAGUGUCACAAUAGCCAAGAUGAGAACGGAUAUUUUAUUCCUCUUCAUUAUCGCUAACGGCGCCUCGGCAACUGAGCUGAAUCCCAUUCCUGCUGUUGGUUUCCAUGAAAUUGUUGAUAGGUACAUGAAGGUUCUCGCAGAAAACGGUGCUACGCCCCCUUCUCAAAGCGCGACCGCGAGCGCCCCAACUGCUUCAGCCAACGUCCCGGCCGCCCCAGCAUUUCUUUUUGAGGAUAGUCCGGGCAACACACUCCAACUGAAUCUUCGCAUGCUCUGUCGCAUCAUGCAGUUAGUGGCGCGUAAGGAGGCGCCAGCCCGUGUGGAUGGUCUGUCAGAAGCCUACUUGGAGCACGCCUUACAAACGCAUGCAAUGUUGUGUACUGGACAGGCACCCCAAUGCACCUACUUGCCAGCAGCGGGUACAGGACAACUAGGCUCGACGGCGCCUAGCGCCGUGCAGCUCGCAGGUCAUCUUGCUGCAUUAUGCGCAUCCACAGCACAACGCAACGCACGGUGUACUUCUCUGCAGCCCUCGCUGGUAACACCAGAAAAGGGAUCGUGUGAGGAAGACAGUUCGGCAACAAAGCUGCCGCCGACACCCCCAACUAGCGCGGUCGCACCAGUUGAAGACAAGCCGCUGACAGCAGCUGAAUACACCAUUCUCUGUCAGUCGCUUCCCGCAGCUGUGGAAGGAUUGAUUCAUCAGUACGUAGGCGUAGCGCCUAAGCCGGAUGUUGGGAAGAUGAUUACAACGGCGACCACGGAGGAAGCCUACCGCCUUGUUCGGGAAGUGCUUUCUUAUGCGAACCCUCUUCGACCGCAUAAGUGCUUAUGCCUUUCCCCAUCUUAUUGCUGGCUCCAGAAUGAAAAGACGCAACUGUGGCGCUUCGAAUAUGUCGAUAUUGGUGUCAAAAGUCAUGAACUGGGGACACGUCGGCAACUCAAUGCUAUGAAGGGUGUAACGCUUGAAGUGAACAUGUCCCGUGAUGGUCCUUCGCAUUUUGAUCCACUGAGUGGGACGUGGGAGCCAAUUGCCAAUUUCCCGUGCGGAGCGGAGUGCGAAUAUGACAAACAUACUGAAGAAUGCACAUCUUCUCCUUCAGCUCCACAAACUGCAAAAGAGGUUGAAGGAGGACCAGUUAAGGCAUCUUUAAAAUUGCUGACAUGGAAUGUCAUGUUUGAUCGUUACAGCGGCAAACCAACUCCUUUAGGUAUGCCUGGUAUAGAUUGGUGCUCCCCCAAGAGGUAUCCCGUCAUUGCCAAGAUCAUAGAGGAGGAGGAUGCGGAUGUUGUUGGCAUGCAAGAGGUGGAGCCUGUAUUUUGGGAGUUCCUUUCCAAGCGGCCACUUAUACGCCAAAGGUACUACUUUUCGUGCGGUCAUAUGAGUCCAGCUAUUGCCCCGUGGGGGGUGCUGAUGUUGAUACACCGUCGGCGUCUUCCAGUACAGAGCAUCAACUAUCUUAACGUCCCUGCGUGGACUAAUCAUGUUUCUCUCAUGCCGGUUGUGGGUCUGAAGAUGGUGCACGGUACUGUACACAUAGCUGCCGCACACUUACUCGCGCCAUACACGAAGUCCCACGAGAACGCUCGUACUUCCCAGGAUACCGCGUUACGCCAUCACAUGACGAAGACGUUGGGUGGCGGGGAUGUGGUAACUAUGGGAGAUUUCAACGACUGGCCUACAAAUGAAUUUAUUAUGCCACAUGAAUCACAGUACGUGGACUGUUGGCCCGUUUUGCACCCCAACAACCCUGGAAAGACUAUGGAUGAAACAAACACCUUUUGUAAACUGAAAGUGGAGGAAAUGUUUUUUGGCCGUUCCGACAAGGUGUUUCUGCGAAGCAGGCGGCUUGUGCCAGUCGAAGCUCAUCUCGUCGGAACACGGAGUGUAAACGAUGAGAACAACAACGCCGACGCACCCGCAUAUUUGUUCCCAUCCGAUCACUACGGCGUAAGUAUAACGUUUUCAUUGAAGUUACCGUAA